UCCCACCAGCGGGGCACACGCGGCCCAGCCUGAGCCCAGCAGUGCCGGGAGAGCAGAGAGAAAACCUCCCUUGUUCUCCUGCCCCUCCUGAUCUCCAGGCUGCUGACCCUGGGGGUGCCAGGGAGGCCCGGUGGACACUCUGGAGCACUGAGCCGGGCCCUCUCCUGGGGAGCUGGCCCUGCACUAACUGUGGACUAGGGAGUGGGAAGAGGGAGUGAGAAGAAAAGAAGGAAACGUGGACAGAAAGAAACUUCCUUUGGAAACCAGCUUGGCUCCCCAGAAGCGGCCCCAGGAAGAGAUGCUGACUCGACCUCUGUCCCAGUGAAUUUGUCUGCUCUCAGCAAGUUAGGUGUGAAAAGGGCUCAGCCUAGGACUCUCUGUUCAUCCGAAACAGAGUCCCCAUAUUUUUUCCUGGAGCACAGACUGAUUGCUCAUGGCUCUGCCUCUCUCACGGCCUGCCUUCUUCGAGCCCUAUCUCAUCCCUCUGUUUCCUAGCACAAUGGUCCCCCUCUGAUUGCGUAGCCUGUAGAUUUGGAAAGUUCCUGAGGACAGGAAAGUUCUUUGGUGACCCUCAAUUAGUGUCUUUGGACCAUGGAGCAACCCCAGCCUGAGCAUCCAGCUGCUGGACAGGCCGAACCUACAGAGGGAGUGAAAACUGCCACCCAGGAAGACCCCUCAAAUCCUGGCGAUGUCCCUCAGGAGAAGGACCCUGUGGAGGCCGAUGGGGCACCAGACAGCACGGGAAAACAGGGGCCAGAAAACCCAACUUCACUGCCUGCCCAGAGCCCCAAGAAUCUCGAAUCCCCUCCUGCCAGUGCUAACUCAGACCCAGCGGGACUGUCCCAGGGGUCGAGGCCAGAGGUGGAGAUGGUGGGGGCGAGUUCCAGCACCCCAGAGCUUCCUCAGUCCCCCAGAACUCGACAGCCUGAACUGGAUUUCUAUUGUGUGAAGUGGAUCCCUUGGAAGGGAGCUCGGACGCCUAUCAUCACCCAGAACGCCAACGGGCCUUGCCCUCUCCUGGCCAUCAUGAACAUCCUCUUUCUCCAGUGGAAGGUAAAGCUGCCCCUGCAGAAGGAAGUGAUCACAGCUGACGAACUCAUGGCCCACCUCGGAGACUGUCUUCUGUCGAUUAAGCCACAAGAGAAGUCAGAGGGACUUCAACUUAAUUUUCAGCAGAAUGUGGACGACGCGGUGUCCGUGCUGCCUAAGCUCGCCACAGGUCUAGACGUCAAUGUGAGAUUCACAGGCGUGUCCGAUUUUGAAUACACGCCCGAAUGCAGCAUCUUCGACCUGCUAGGCAUCCCCCUGUACCACGGCUGGCUGGUGGAUCCGCAGAGUCCUGAGGCCGUGAGUGCAGUGGGGAAAUUGAGUUACAAUCAACUAGUGGAGAAGAUCAUCUCUUGCAAGCAUUCCAGCGACAGCAACAUGGUGACAGAAGGCCUGAUAGCGGAGCAGUUCCUGGAGACCACCGCGGCCCAGCUGACCUACCACGGCCUGUGUGAGUUGACGACAGCGGCCAAGGAAGGAGAACUGGGCGUCUUUUUCCGAAACAAUCACUUUAGCACCAUGAUUAAGCACAAGAGCCACCUGUACCUGCUGGUCACCGACCAGGGCUUCCUGCAGGAGGAGCAGGUGGUGUGGGAGAGUCUGCACAACGUGGACGGAGACAGCUGCUUCUGCGACUCCGAGUUCCACCUCAGCCACUCCCUGGGCCAGGAGCCUGCAGCCAAAGGGGAGCACGGAUCCCCGGAAAAGCAGCGGCAGGUGGACCAGGACUCCCUGAUCGCCCUGUCCCUGCAGCAGCCGCAGCCGGGCGCAGCAGGCCUCAGUGACCUGGAGCUAGCACAGCAGCUUCAGCAGGAGGAGUACCAGCAACAGGCGACACCCCCCUCUGCCUCCCCAGGCCCCUCCGUGCAGGUUCGAGGAGCCGCAGCAUCUGGACGCCCGUCCAGGGAGCGUCGACAGAGGCCGAAGCAGGAGUCAGACUGUGUCCUCUUGUAGUCCUGUCCCUCCCAGACUCCAAGACAAAGGCAAAUCUACCUGCACCGUAGCUCUAACUCUGAGCCCU